CAGUAUGACAUGCAGAUGAGUGCCGUCGAUCUUAGAAUCACCGCACACUUCACUCAUUUGGGCAGUCACGGGGCCAAAACCAGAGUGUGGAGCCACAGUGUGGCGGUGGAGGCAGCAGCAAUGGGAGGCCAUACAGCACCCUAUGACAAAAUGGAACCCACCAGCAGUGUGAGGAGACCUGAAAGUGGCACAUGGCAGAGUGUGGCGAUGGAGACAGCAGCAAUGGGAGGCCGUACAGGGACCCAUGACACACUCUGGACCUGGGCAGCAGCAUGAGGAGGCGGUACAGGGGCCCAUGACAGAUUACGGGCCUGGCAGCAGCAAUGGAAGGCCAUACAGCACCCUAUCACAAAAUGGAACCCACCAACAGUGUAAGGAGACCUGAAAGUGGCACAU